GACGAGUGCUUUUCCAAUUAUUCUCAUCGCGCAUGACUAGUUACAUCCCCUGAAGCGUCAAUGUUUCAACGUCGACACAUUCGAACUCUGAAGCUCCUCUACGAUCACAUGCCUUGAACUGACCACCCGUUUUCCCUACGGACUCGGAGUGUGAUGCAUUGUCAAUGUCUCAAAUCUUACAAUGGCGCGCACCUCAAUCAACUUGGGAUUCUCUGCUAUCGAUGAGGCUGUUCAUCGUGCGUUCAUUCAUCAGCGAAUUGUUGCCUGCAACCACGGUCCGGAAUGGCGAUCAGAGCUUGCCACACAGCCAAGCACUAGACGCGAGACGCACUCUUAAGUCCUGUGGCGGCGGUGAUCCUUGUCAGUUUUCCUUCCCGACAUUUGACUUCUGCUUCAAAUCUGUUUGACUCUUUCAGCAACUCUAGCUGGUUUCUGACUCUCCGGCAUCUGUUAUUGUAUUGGGCACGCAGCAGAUGUCAAGUCAUGGACAUGUUGUGCCCGAGGAACUUGGCUCGCCAGCGUCGACCGGUAGUUCUCCAGAUCGAACUUUAAUCAGACCGAAGAACAUGGGCAAACGUAGACGAUUGUCUCGGAACUUCGGUGGUUCGGCUGAGCGUCUCCAAGAGACCUUCAUGGAGAACCUCAAACGAGGUUCUCCUAGUCCUCCCUUGACAAAUGGACCGGAUUACAGUCCCGAUGGGAAGGAUCUACUUUCACGUCGCCUGACACUUCAACAUCAGGAUCUCGAUCCUGACAUGAUUGAUAGACGGGGAGCCCCAGCUGUUCCUGAGACUUGCCCAAACAGCCGUGAGGGCUGGUCAAAAGUGUCGAAAGUUUUACACGAUUAUGAUGAUAAUAAGAUCAAGGUCGUGAAGGAAGAUAUAGACACUCUUCUCGUAUUUGCCGGUCUGUUCUCAGCAGUCCUGACCGCAUUUGUGAUAGAGUCAUACCAAAAACUGCAAGAAGACUCGAGCGAUGUCUCUGCCCGCCUUCUUCUCCAAAUAUCACAGCAACUCGCCAGCUUCGCUGUGACAUCGUCAUUCAUCAAUUCCACUACAGUCGUGUACCCUCAGCCCAUGUUCCAGGCUUCCGCCUCGAUGGUUCGCAUCAACGCUUUUUGGUUCUCUAGUUUGACCUGCAGUCUCGUCACGGCCUCAUUAGGCAUUCUCGUCAAGCAGUGGUUACAUGAAUACAUGUCGGAUGAUAGCUUGUCCCCCCGAGCCCAUAUACGCAUCCGCCAGUUCCGUUAUGAAGGACUGGUACGAUGGCGUGUAUUCGAGCUUGCCGCUAUGCUUCCGCUAUUGGUGCAGCUCGCCCUCGUAUUGUUUUUCGUCGGACUAAGCGAGUUCCUCAGGAUCCUCAACCCCGUCAUAGGAUGGACGGUCACCGCUCUCAUAUUAUUUUGGGCGGCUAUCUUCGUCACUACAGCAUUUGCAUCUGUUUUCUCUUCGCAGUGUCCUUACAAAAGCCGUAUCUUGAAAGGUAUGCUGCAAAGAAUACGACCCACGUUAUUCGUGGCUCUAAAUUGUAUCUUGUACGGUCCGAUUCGCAUCUUCCAACCCCUUCGAUUUGUCCUGCGCACCCUCCAUCUACCGCGCAAUUCACUUGGCAAGAACAUAUCUAGUUCCGGACGUUGCGUACGUUUGACGUUGGCUACAUUCGCUACUUGCAUUUCGAAGUGGUAUGGUGCCUCGGUCGUCUAUCAUGUAGAUGUCAGCCCUCCUCCCGAAGAGAAAGAGGUUCGCGGUGACACUGCUUUUGAUAUGCCAUGCUUGGCUUCAGCGGACGCACUUUUCCUGGAUGACGGCUUCUUGGAGCCAGUUAGAGAAUGUUUGAUGAGCGUCGAGUUGACGGACGCUCUUCCUUGUAUCCGACAGAUUGUCUCUUAUCGUUGUGAUCUUUCCCUCGAGACCUUGGAGGAUUUGCCGCUACACUGGAGCACGAUGGGCCAGAUGACGAGAGCCGGAACUUUAUGCCUGCAACGUACUGUGGUAGACCUAAUCAACAAGGAAGUUGACCGUAUCCUUUCAUUUCAUGGAGAAUUCAAGGCUUCAGAGUGGUCAGCUGAGAUUGCGGAAGCGGUGUUCUUUGUCGUAGCGGCGGACUUCUUGUUCAUGGAACAGGAGAAUGUGAGGGAGGUUUUUGGCCGGUUGCUUGGUCUCGAUGUCAUCACUGCUCGAGGUGUCAUAGAUGCUCUUUGCAAGCAUCCGUCGUACAAUCCUUCUCCUCAGGUACCUUGCACGGACUUCCUCCCCAACAUCCUAGCAGUCACUCAUUAUCUCCUAGAUCGAAACUUGGUGGAGGAAAGUCCAGAUUCCGACGCUGAAGCCGACGGCGAAUCUGUGUUCUCCGCCCACCCGCUGCCCCCGGAUGAAUCCCUGGACCCUGUCAAACUGUGUAUGAUCAUUUUCUCCUUCAUCGACCAAGUCCCAGUAUCCGACAUCUUGUCUAACGCGGAAUCUUUCAUGUCUUUACAAUCUAAAUUCGCUGCUGUCAUCCACAAUUAUUUGCAAGCAGGCAGGGCGGUGAUUUGGGCUCCUCGGACUCCGACCUGGUCGAUGAAUAUCCUGCGUUAUCUGCAGCAUCAUAUUCCGGAAUACAUUGUCGAGGACCUACUGGACGCUUUGGAUGCUGCCGCGGGUAAAAGAGAUUCGUGGCACAGUGAUUCAUCGAAUUCUUCGACUCAUGAUGAAACCAGCGUGCCAGCUGUCUAAGCAAGAUCACCUCAGAGACUCAGAUGGUCACUUUUGCCAGUGGUGAACUCAACAACCGGAUAAUAAAAGAAAUCAACAAUAAUAUUGUUGGCUCCAUGAAGGCUUCUCAGAAGAAUACGCUUUUCCAGAGUGUUGGGGCAGCCACACGGGAUAAAACAAGCACGGCUGCCGUCAUCAGUUUCGAGGUUGCUAGGAUCACUUCAAUAUGUGGUAUUGCAGCUAGGUACAUUUUUAACAAAGCGACGAAGCUUCCGGCACUGCCCUGCGGCGGAGGAGCAGAAAACCUUGGAAGACUUGCAGCUAAAGACAGAACGAGAACCUAUUUACCAAACGUUUCUGUCUCUCUUAGCGGUGGUCAGCUGCCUCUCCGAAGGCGGUCUUCUGCAUUGCCGCCCAUGACCUCCUCUUUAUUGCACAGCGAGAACCAACCACCAAUUAUAGUUUCUGUCUCUCUUAGUUAAUUAGCGAACAAUUCUGAAGCUUCAGUAGAAGUGGAUUCUACCCUUUCUUCGUCGUCUGACUGUGCACUCUUGCCGCGGCUGGUUUGGCAUUCACGAGACAUAACAGACGUCGCUAUCGUAAACUAAUUCUUCAACAAGAGCACUAUACAUACCUACUUACUUUCGCAUCUCCGGUACAUAGAGAUUAGGCGAGUGGGGAUCGAGGACAAAUGAAAUGCACACGAGCAUAAGUAUUACAUGUGGGAAAACAUUUCCCCCUUUC